AUGCCGCCGCCGCCGCCGCCACCACCAACCUCCGCUGCACCCAUGUCCCCGGCAUCCCCAAACAAACCGAUCCCAUCCCCGCGCCAGAUCGCCGCGCUAGUCCUGAACCAUCCGUCCUCCACGCUCACCGCCGCGUCGGCGCGCUCCCUCUCGGCGUCCCUCCUGGCCGCCGGCCCCGCGUCCGCGCUCCCGAUCCCGGCACCCGUGGCCAACGCCGUCAUCAAGCUCCUGUGGCACCACGCCCCACGCGCGCUCCUCUUCUUCCACGCUCUCCUCCGCCUCCCGGAGCGCUCGCGCGACCUCUCCCCGUGCACGGUCGACCUCGCGCUCGACCUCGCCGCGCGCCUGCGCCACCCGCGCCAGCUCACGAGCUCCAUCCUCGCGCUCUUCCGGCGCCACGGGCUCGCCUUCACGCCGCGCACGUUCCCCAUCCUGUUCGAGCGGUUUGCGGUGUCGCACCGCCGCCCCGACCUCGCCGUCCGGCUCUUCCUCUCGCUCCACCGCUCCCACGGCGUCGCGCAGGACCUCCCGUUGUUCAACUCCCUCCUCGAUGCGCUCGUCAAGUCGCGGCACGCGGGCAAGGCCGCCUCCCUCGUCCGUGCCCUCGAGCGGCGGUUCCCCCCUGACGCGGUCACUUACAACACCCUGGCCGACGGAUGGUGCCGCGUCAAGGACACCUCCCGCGCGCUCGACAUCCUGCGGCAGAUGGUCGAGUCAGGGAUUGCCCCAACGAAAGCAACCUAUAACAUCAUCCUCAAAGGUUUCUUCCGUUCUGGACAGUUGCAGCACGCAUGGGACUUCUUCCUCCAGAUGAAGAAAAGAGGCAGCAACGACGAGAACUGCAAGCCUGACGUCGUAUCGUACACUACCGUACUGCAUGAGCUGGGUGUUGCCGGGCAGCUGGACAAAGCCCGCAAAGUGUUUGACGAAAUGUCUAGAGAAGGAUGCAAGCCAUCGACUGCAACUUAUAAUGCGUUAAUUCAGGUAACAUGUAAGAAGGGCAACGUGGAGGAUGCUGUGGCGGUGUUUGAUGAUAUGAUCAGAAAGGGUUAUGUCCCAAAUGUGGUUACCUACACCGUCUUGAUCCGAGGCCUCUGCCAUGCUAGGAAGAUUGAUCGAGCUAUGAAGCUUUUGGAUAGGAUGAAGAGGGAAGGUUGUGAGCCUGAUGUUCAGAUACACAAUGUUCUUAUCAGGUAUUCAUUUGAGGAAGGGGAGAUCGAGAAGUCCUUGGAUUUGUUCGACACAAUGAGCAAGGGAGAGGAAUGCUUGCCCAACCAAGAUACAUAUAAUAUUAUAAUAAGUGCAAUGUUUGUGCGUAAGAGGGCAGAGGAUACGGCGGUGGCCGCCAGAAUGGUGGUGGAGAUGGUGGAUCGAGGCUACUUGCCAAGAAGGUUUAUGUUCAAUCGUGUACUGAAUGGAUUAAUGCUGACUGGGAAUCAAGAACUGUCAAGAGAGCUCUUGAGAAUGCAGGAAAAAUAUACACGCUUGCGACGAGAAAUAAGAUUGUGA